AUGAGAUUAGGACAAACCCAACUGUUGGCAGCUCUCUGCCUGAGUAUCCUGGUCGAGAAUCAGUCGGUAGUAUCCGCCUUUUCCACCUCCAAGAAACUUAGCGAAUUGCAACAACAUCGAAUAGGUGUUCAUCGACAGAAUGUUGCUUUUGUACAUUCCGUCCGACCAUCAUUGCCUUCUUUGGUAAUCUUGUCUGCUGCCCCCGCCACGGCGACGGCUGGAGGGUUUAUUGAGACAGAGCUCAGAGGAGCAGCGAUGAAGUUGCAUACGAAACAACAAGCCCCCAAAGAGGGUCAAGUGGAAGUUAAGAAACCGGCUAAACCAUACACUCCAACCAGGGACGAUUAUCUCGCCUUUUUGGUGGAUUCCAAGCAUGUUUACGAGGCCUUGGAAGAUAUUGUGAAUGAAAAUGAAGCACUGGAAAUGUUUCGGAACACUGGUCUGGAACGAACAGAGGCGCUGGAAACGGAUAUUGAGUUCAUGGUCAAGGAAUACGGCUUGUCGCGGCCAGAAGUGGGAGAAUUUGGAAAGACUUACGCAACACAGCUGAGAGAGAUUGCUGCAGACGGAUCCAUUCCAGAACUCAUGUGUCACUACUACAAUUUUUAUUUCGCCCACACCGCUGGCGGAAGAAUGAUCGGGAAACAAAUGAGUGCUUUGUUGCUAGAAAAGAAGACUCUCGAGUUCUACAAGUGGGAUGGUGAUCUCAACGAGAUCAAGGGGCGUGUCAAAGAGAGCAUUGAAGCUAUGGCAGCUACAUGGUCACAAGAGGAAAAGGAUGCGUGUGUGGCAGGAACUGCAGAUGCGUUCAGGGGUGGAGGAAUGAUCAAUGCCUACCUCAGUGGGGGUGCUUCACCUCAUUAA